AUGUCGACUACUGAGUCAAAUAAUAGCGCUAUGAAUUCAAAGGUUCAGUCGAAUACAGUUACUUCGACUGCACUUGUUUUAUAUCCGUCCAAUAUACAAUCUCAAACACCACCACCAGCACCAUUACCAUUAACAUCAAGUACAUCAUUACCGUCAUCACCAGCAUCAUUUAAUGACGAUAAACCUAUUGAAAAAUUUUAUAAAAAACAAAAACAAAUUAUAGUUGAAUUUGACCAAAUUGUUAAAGAUAUUCGUUUUCAACUUAAUGAACAAUUGAAAUGUUUGGAACAACGUAUCGAUACACAAUUAUCAAUUCUUGCUGAAAUUCAAGAGUAUUUUAAACGUCGUGCUGAUGUUGAACUUGAUUAUGCUAAAAAUCUUGAUAAUUUACAUAAACAAAUAGGUCAAAAACAUCGAACACAAAAAGCACGACGAGAAACAUGGAUUCUUCAAUCUAUAUAUAAAUUAUGGGAUACUAUUGUUCAAGAUACUCGUACUCAUGUUAAAUAUCAUACAAUUAUGUCUGAUAUUUGUGGAAAAUAUAUGUAUGAUAAAUUUAAUGAAAUUGUUGAAGAUACAAGACGAAUGUUUACAAAAUGUAAAUCAGUUGCUUUAGCUAGUCAUGAAGAUAUAUUCAAAGUGCUUAAUGAAUUACAGAGUACAAUGAAAACCUAUCAUCAGUAUCAGAGUGAAAGCAAACAAGCCGAACAAAAAUUACGAAUUAUUCAACAACAGAUGGCAAAAAUAAAAAAUGCUAAAAAACAAAAAACUAUGGAAAAACGAGUUGAAAAAAGACAAAUGAAAUAUACAGAAACGAAAGUAAAAGCAUUUAAAGCACGUAAUGAUUAUUUAAUGACAAUUGAAUCUGUUAAUGCUGCAUUAAAAAAAUAUUGUACAGAUGAUGUACCUGAUUUAAUUGAUUGUAUGAAUUUUGGUUUUCAUACAUCAAUUGCUAAAACAAUACAAAUGUAUUUAUCAGCACAAGAAAAUAUUAAACGUGGUCGACAAGCAACAAUUGAAACAUUAAAUCGAGCCAUUGGUGAUUUAGAUACAGUUACAGAUAAACAAAAAUAUUUAGAAUAUUAUACAAAUAUAUUUACAAUACCAAAAAAAAUUAAAUUUGAACCACAUAAAGGUGAUGAAGUAUCAGCUGUUAAUGCUCAAGUAUUAAUACGUGAUGAAAUGCAAUCACGUUUUAUACAAAUGCAAAGUAGACUUGCAGGAUUAAAAACAGAAAAUGAUGAGAUAUUCAAAACAAUUGAAGCUACAGAACAAUCAUUAAUGGAAUUCAUAAAUACAAAAAAUUCUGAUGUUUCCGAUUUAUUUAAAGAUCUUAAUUUACCACAAAAUAUUUUCAAAGAUAAAAGAAAAGAAAUUGAAGAUUAUUAUGUUGAGAAAUUUAAACAAUAUACAUUAAGUAGUAAUUUAAUUGCACGUUUACAAGCACGUCAUGAUAUUAUGCAAAAAGCAUUAGGUGCUGCACCAACUACAACUGGUGUCGAAGAUAAAAAUUUAAUACGUCGUCCAAUAAAACCAAAACAAAUUGGUCGUGCUCCAAUUCUUGGUCGUCCACGUUUAUUUGGUGGAAAAUUAUUAGAUUAUAUUCAAGUAACCCAACAACAUGUACCAUUAAUUAUUUCAUCAUGUGUUAGUGCUAUUAAUCGACUAGGUUUACAUAAUCAAGGUAUUUUUCGUGUACCGGGUGCACAAAUUGAUAUAAAUCAAUUUAAAGAAGCAUUUGAAAAAGGUGAAGAUCCUUUAGCUAAUAUAACUGGACGUGAUAUGAAUUCAGUUGCUGGUGUAUUAAAAUUAUAUUUUCGUGAAUUAAAAGAACCAUUAUUUGCUCGAGAUAUGUUUGAUUCAUUUAUUUCAUGUAUUGUUGAUGUUGAAUCUGAAGAAAAAUGUGUUGAAAAUCUUUGUCAAGUUGUGAAACUUCUUCCUCGUCCAAUAUUUAUUGUUAUGCGUUAUUUUUUUGCUUUUCUUAAUCAUCUUGCAGAAUAUUCUGAUGAAAAUAUGAUGGAUGCAUCAAAUUUAGCUAGCUGUUUAGCACCAACACUUAUGCCAAUACCUGAAGAUAAAGAUCAAGUACAAUAUUUAACACAUACAAUUGAACUUAUACGAACAAUAAUUACACAUCAUGAAGAAAUAUUUCCAUCGGAUGGUAAUGGACCUAUCUAUGAAAAAUUUGCGAUUACAAUUCCAAUUGAUGGUGAAGAAGAUGAAGAUGAUGAAGGCAUCAGUGAACGAUCAUUAAGACGAACACCAAGUGAUGAUGCCUCACAAGAUUCCGAUUAUUGCACCGAAGAUUUUAAUUUAAUGAAUGAGACUGAUGUUUGAAUGAAUCAUGAAUGGUGGCAAGGUUGUUUAGCUGGUGGACAUGAGUCGGGUUAUGUUCCCGACGGUUACAUCAAGCCUAAAGCAAGACGUCGAGAUUCAGCUCCAGUACAAGAUCGUCCAUCUCUUAGUCUUACUCCAGAUCCAUCAUCAUCAUUUAAUUCAAUUAAUUUAACAGCAUCAUCAAAUGAUCAACUUAAUGCUCCAAUGGUUUAUCGUCAAUCAUCUGAUUUAUCAAUUGUUGAUGAACAUCGUCUUGAAACAGCUAAAGAAACUGAAAUAGUUGAAGUUGAUUCUGAUGUUGAUAAUGAAUCUGAUGAUGAUGAUGAUAAUGGUGAUAAUGAUAAUGAAGAUUCUGAUGAAUCACAAGAAAAUACAUAUGAAAAUACAAGUAGUUCAAGCCAUCAAAAAUCUACUAAUCAUCAUUCAAUUUAUGAUGUUUUACCACCAAGUCCACCAGUAUUACAAACAAAAAUCGAUUAUUGUCAUUCAAGAUCAUCAACCUCAUCAUCAUCACGUUUAACAUCAACAAAUGAACAACAAAUAAUUGAUAUUGAUACAGCAUUACGUGAAGUAUUAUCUGGUAUUCGUACAGUUGAAGAAUGUCAUGCACAAUGUUUUCGUACUGUAUCAACAAUAAAUAAUCAACAAGAUGAACGUUUAUCAACACAACAAGAAAGUGAUGCACCUGAUCUUGUACUUAAUUUACCUAUAUCAAGUGGACUUAUAACACCACCAUCAACAAAAUCAAUUGAUAAUAAUAUAAAUGAACAUCAAUCGUUAAAAUCGUCAUCAUCAUCAAAUAGUUCACCGACUCAUCAAACAAAUCAAAGUCAUAAUAAUAAUAAUAGUCCAUUACUACCAUUAACUAUGAUUAAUGAUUCAACACGCACAUCACGUUCCAAUUCUUCAUCAACAACAACAACACAUUUUAUUGAAAAAAUUCGUCCAUCACCUGAACCGAGUCAUCGAAAAAAAAUUCCACCACCUAUUAUGAAAAAACCAGAAAAAACUAUGGAAUUACUUAAACGUCUUGGUUUACAACCAUCUAAUGAAUCAUCAUGCGGUGCUACAAGCUCAUCAACGUCAGCCUCUUCCUCCUCAUCGUCGCAUUUACAUCAACAAUCAGUACCUGUUGCUGGAUCGUCUAAAACUACCGAUGUUUAA